UGCCAUCAGUCACCACAAACAGAGAGGAGCAUUGUGGGAGCCGACAGCAGCUUUCGGCGGGUUCUGUUAAAAUGGCGCCUCUGCAGUGACCGUUAACGGACGAGCUGAGUGGAAAUAGCAACAGCAGGACUGGAUAGGAGGCCGGCAGCAUGGCGACACCGGACCAGAAGUCUCCGAACGUUCUGCUGCAGAACCUGUGCUGCCGGAUACUCGGCAAGGGGGAAGCGGAUGUGGCUCAGCAGUUCCAGUAUGCAGUCCGUGUAAUAGGCAGCAAUUUUGCUCCAACUGUUGAACGGGAUGAAUUUCUUGUUGCGGAAAAGAUUAAGAAAGAAUUUGUGAGGCAGAGAAGAGAAGCAGAUGGCGCUCUGUUUUCAGAGCUUCACAGAAAGCUCCAGUCUCAGGGUGUUUUAAAGAACAGAUGGUCUAUUCUCUACCUCUUGCUUAGUCUAAGUGAAGAUCCACGAAAACAGCCAAGCAAGGUUUCCAGCUAUCCAUCUUUUUUCGCUCAGGCUUUGCCACGUGAUGCACACUCUACACCUUAUUACUAUCCCAGACCACAAAACCUACCACUGAACUACCAGGAUCGAAGUGUGCCAUCUGCACAAAAUACUAUGAACUUGGGAAGCAGUGGAAUUUGCAGCAUAGGGAUGUAUUCCAUAAAUGGGCCAACACCUACGCCGCAGGCCUUUGUUCCAGGUCAGCCUUAUCAAACUCAAGUGGGAGACGCUCUCCGCCAGCAGUUGGGCACACGUCUUGCAUGGACGUUAGCAGCUGGUCAACAGCCAACAUUGCAGAAUGCUGCCUCCAAACCAGGGCCUAAUGCAGUUGCCCGUGGUGUGCCAAGAACAAAAAGAGAAGGCGAAACAAGUGGUUCCGUAGAAAUAACAGAAAGUUCUCUUGUAAGAGACAUUUUGUAUGUCUUUCAAGGAAUUGAUGGGAAGUGUAUCAAAAUGUGCAAUUCUGAAAACUGCUACAAGGUGGACAGCAAGGUUGCGCUGUCUAAAUCUUUAAAAGAUACAACAGGCAGACUUGCAGAGUUAGGAUGGCUUCAUAAUAAAGUAAGAAAAUAUACAGAUCAAAGGAGUUUGGAUCGAGCAUUUGGACUUGUUGGACAGAGUUUUUGUGCUGCUUUGCAUCAGGAGCUAAAGGAAUAUUACCGACUUCUCUCUGUUCUACAUUCCCAGCUGCAGGUUGAAGAUGACCAGGGUGUAAAUUUAGGACUUGAAACUAGUCUAACUCUUAGACGUCUGCUGGUGUGGACUUAUGAUCCCAAGAUUAGAUUGAAGACUCUUGCAGCACUUGUUGAUCACUGUCAAGGAAGAAAAGGAGGAGAGCUGGCGUCUGCCGUCCACGCAUACACUAAAACUGGCGAUCCAUACAUGCGGUCUUUGGUGCAGCACAUUCUAGUCUUAGUUUCUCACCCUAUUCUGAAUUUCCUAUACCGCUGGAUAUAUGACGGAGAGUUGGAGGAUACGUACCAUGAGUUUUUUGUAGCUUCAGACCCUACGGUGAAAACAGACAGACUUUGGCAUGACAAAUACACUCUGAGGAAAUCUAUGAUUCCAUCUUUCAUCACUAUGGAUCAGUCUAGAAAGGUUCUUCUGAUUGGAAAAUCCAUUAACUUUCUGCAUCAGGUAUGCCAUGAUCAAACACCAACUGCUAAGAUGAUGGCAGUAACUAAAACAGCUGAGUCCCCCAAAGAUGCUGCAGACUUAUUCACAGAUUUGGAAAAUGCUUUCCAGACUAAAAUUGAUGCUGCGUAUUUUGAAACUAGCAAAUACCUUCUGGAUGUCCUUAAUAAGAACUACAAUCUGCUGGAGCACUUACAGGCCAUGAGGCGCUAUCUCCUGCUGGGCCAGGGAGAUUUUAUACGCCAUCUUAUGGACUUGCUCAAACCAGAGCUUGUCCGUCCAGCAACAACACUGUACCAACACAAUCUUACAGGAAUCCUGGAGACUGCAGUGAGGGCAACCAAUGCUCAGUUCGACAAUCCUGAGAUUCUCAAACGCUUGGACGUCAGACUUUUGGAGGUUUCGCCUGGAGACACUGGAUGGGAUGUAUUUAGUUUAGAUUAUCACGUGGAUGGACCGAUUGCCACGGUAUUUACCAGAGAGUGCAUGAGUCAUUAUCUCCGAGUGUUCAACUUUCUGUGGCGUGCCAAGAGGAUGGAAUACAUUCUCACCGACAUUUGGAAAGGGCAUAUGUGCAAUGCAAAAUUACUGAAAAGUAUGCCAGAGCUCUCUGGGGUGCUUCAUCAGUGUCACGUCCUGGCUUCAGAAAUGGUUCAUUUCAUUCAUCAGAUGCAGUAUUACAUCACAUUUGAGGUUCUGGAAUGUUCUUGGGAUGAGUUGUGGAAUAAAGUACAACAAGCGCAGGACUUGGAUCACAUCAUUGCUGCUCACGAAGUGUUUUUGGAUUCCAUCAUUUCUCGCUGUCUUCUAGACAGUGAAUCGAGGGCGAUGCUAAAUCAACUUCGUGCUGUGUUUGACCAGAUAAUCGAAUUCCAGAAUGCUCAGGAAGCCAUGUACAGGGCGGCUCUGGAGGAGUUGCAAAGAAGAUUACAAUUUGAGGAAAGGAAAAAGCAGAGGGAGACUGAGGGUGAGUGGGGAGUUACAGCUGAAGAAGAAAAUGAAGAAAGCAAAAGAGUUUUGGAAUUCCAAGAAUCAAUACCAAAAAUGCGUUCACAAUUGCGAAUUCUUACUCAUUUUUAUCAGGGUAUUGUUCAGCAGUUUCUAGUUUUGCUGACAACAAGUACAGAUGAAAGCUUGAGAUUUUUAAGCUUUAGGUUGGACUUCAAUGAACAUUAUAAAGCACGAGAACCAAGGCUUCGCAUGUCCCUGGGUACACGAGGUAGACGCAGCUUACAAGUCUGAGAAAUGUGGCAAAUCUAAAAAAGGACACUCUGUCUUUAUAUGUUGUAGAUCCUUUCCUCCAGGGGAUGCAAUAUAUUGCCUGCAGUUGAGUGUAUGAAUGCCAGUGGAUGCCAUACAUCUAUAUAUUCAAGAGGAUGUUUUUUGCCAAUAACGGAUGCUUUGCUCACAAAAGAAUACUGAUGAACUUUAAUACAGACUGCAAGAUAACUCUGUAGCUCUCAAGUAAUGUGUUUGAAGUUAAAGUACCUUUCAGCGCACUGUUGUUCGCCUCCACAUUACAAUAUUGGCUCUUCUCAAGACCAUGAUAUUCGCCCUGUAAUAAACACAAGCAAACCAAAUAAUGUGCAGUGUUUUACUUGUAUUUAUUGAGACUGUAGGGGUUCCUUCUAUGUAUGUGACACCCUGAAGGGAAAAAAAUGUUUUUUUUAUACAUUGUAGUCAGUUUAUGAACCAACUGGUUUAUAUAGUAUAUUUAAGUGUUGAGUAUAUGUGUGAUUGUUUUUGUUUGUUUUACUUUUGUAUAUUUUGUGUCCAAAGUAUUUUUCACGCGAAGACAAAAUAGAAAUCAUCAGGCCAUAGGGCCCCUGUUACAUAUUAUUUCAUUAGUCUUAUUUUUUAAAAGGAACACACUAGAGGAAUAAUCUCAGAUUACGGACUUUACCAUUUAUAGUUUUCUGCUUCCUAGUUUCUUAGUCUUUUAAUGGAAAUACCGUAUUUUUCGCUCUAUAAGACACACUUGCCCAUUAGACGUACCUAAGUUUUAGAGGAGGAAAAUAAAAUACUUUUCAUCAGACCCUCAAUGUUAGUCAGACAUCAGCUCAAACCCCCAAUGUUAAGUAGACAUCAACUCAGACCCGCAAUGUUGCUCACACCCCUAGUGUUCAUCAGACUUCAGAUCAGACCUCCAAUGUUAA